AUGCUCGUCCCGCCGGGCGUCGUGUCCCUCAUAGACUGGGCGGUCCUCGCGCUGACGGGCUUAAUCGCCGCCGCAAGCCUCGUGGGGGCGCUCUACUCAGUGCCCUGGACGCGGCGGGCGCGGCGGCAGGCGCCAACACGGGCGUUCAACUACCUCUGGGUCACGCGCUUCACGCUGCAAUUCACAGGCGCGCUGUACGCGCUGGCCCUGGACCUGCGGCUGCAGCCACCUGCGGGCGCUGCCCCCGGCGACGGCGGCAGCGGCGGCGCGAGCGGCGCACUGAACGCGUUGGCGGCGCGCUCGCCGUCGCGCCUCGCGCCGGAGCCGUUCAACAGCCCUCAACUCCCUGGGGGCCUGGUCCUCUGGAGCUACCGCUCCCCCAUCAUCCCUGGCGGCUACCAGGUCGACCCCAUGUGCCGCCUCUACAUCGGCCUCACCUUUGGCUUUCUGGAGCCCGCCUUCCUCCUGCUGGUCCUCUUCAGCUGCAUGUACACGGUCCACAAGCACAGCGAGGACGUGGGGCCAAACCCCAACCUCUUCAUCUUUGCGCUGACCGUCGGGCUGACGCUGCCGAUGUGCGCAGCCCAGGUGUUCGCGGCGCUUUUUUCGCGCAUCAUCACCCAGCUGCGCUAUCAUGAGGACCUCAUGAAGGAGUUCUUCGCGGCAUCCAUUGACGUGUCAGACGUGAUGUGCCCGCCAGACGACAGGGCCAACCCCAACUGCGCCGUGUGCGUGUGGCCGGCGUUCUCCACGCUCAUCAGCGCCGCGUUUGGCAUCGUCUACCUGCUCUCCCUCUGGGCCAUCACGGGGGCCAUCGCCAGCGCAGCGAUCAACAAGAUGCUCUCGCGGCGGAUACGCGCGCUGCAGCUGACGGUGACCCUGUGCUUCUGCAUCGGCGUUGCGCUGCGCGGCGUCACGGUCCGCUUCUACCCCUACUCGAUCGGCUUCGUCGCGCUGACCGUCGCUGACGUCAUCGUGACGUGCGUGCUGCUCGUCAGCGUCAGCUUCAUCCUCGGAUGGGUGCCCGUCGGCGAGACGCGCGCCGCGGGGCGCAACGUGGCGCUGUUCCUGCAGCAGCAGGGGAUGAGCGACCUGGACGGGCCCACGGAGCUCCUUCCGCUGGUCGACUACCCCGCGGGCUUCGGCCUCUUUGACAGGCAGGACUCGCUCAGCCUAGAGGGCGGCCACUGGCCGCGUGCAACAGAGGUGCUGGUGCUCGCGGUACAGUAA